AUGAGACCUACCGAAACCAUGAUAAACCUGUUUUCACGAGGUGGAAUAGGUUAAACUAUAGAAUAAAUGACAUUUUUUGUAUUUUAAUAGAUGUACCAGAAUGACACAAGGGAUAAAAAGAUAUAUGGAGACUCUAGAAAAGGUGUAGAAUUGUGAAAAUCUAGUUAUAUUAAGUAUAGAGCCUCGGAAGUCACAUGCUUUCUCAAAGGCGGGAAAUGGUUGGUAGGUUUAUAAAAACAUACGGCAGAUGUCACUCGUGUCGAGAACGCCGUACGCCGCGGCGGCCCGCAUCGUCCGCCAGUAAACAGCUCACGCGACUCGCCAUCAGUGAGCGAUAGUAAAUAUCCCAAGAUCUUGGAACGUGGUGGCCCUGUUCGGUGGGCUUAUCCCUGGCGACGAGGUACGACGACUAGAAAGAUAAGGUUGAACAGUGGGCAGAGUGCGUCAGUGAUUGCUGGAGGAGAACGUUUGAUGAGCCAGGGGCGGGCGCGUGGUACGCUCGACGCGGCCACAAAUGAACACGAGAGCCGCGACGGCGCCACGGAGGGAAGAUGUCAAACGCCUCGCCGUCACGACUCGUGAAUGGUGAAAUCAAGCUCAGUACCGGCGCCGGCAGUGUGACGAGUGAUUAUCGUGAUAUCUCAGGGUCUACAUUAAAUUAUCGUGAACUACGUUCAUCGAUCACGACUGGUGGAAACGAAUUGGGUGGAGAUUAUCGUGAUUCUCGUGGAGGUUCGCUCUCGGUGAGUGGAGGAACGACGACGGCGACGACGCCGGGCGUCGGUGGAGCGAGUGCACUCGCAGCCCGCGCGGCCUACAACAUGGUCGCGGCGAUGAACGAGCACCUGUCUUCGUCGUCGGCGACGAACAGCGCCCGCACCACCGUGCAGAACGACUUUCAGAGCGUCGCCGAGGAUAGCAAAGCUGGAAUUCUCAGUUUCCCUUGUGAUUUCGAUCACAUGUACGCAAGCAUGACUGAUGCAGGAGCUUCGGCUGCUGCGACGGCCACUUCGGCACUUGGCGUCAGUCCUCUCAGAGGCAAUGAAGCCCGACAAAAUGACCUUACCGAGGUCAAACACCUUAAAGAACUAUUACUCCUGCACCUGGAUCUUAUCCAGCAACAGUCUGAACAGAUUGUCACUAAAGACAAACUCCUUGCUGCUCUUAGACAAGAAAAUGAAACGUUAAAGCUACGCCUAGAACGUAUGGACAGGCGAGUAAAUCUGCAAAAGCAUCGUACUGAAGUUUCUGAAAAUUCAAUCCCAUCUGAACACGUUGGUACCUGCUCACCACCUACAUUAAAUUCUGUUCCGUCGACCAGCGAACAUCACAAGAGUAAUGAAACUGAAAACAAUAACCCUCAUUACAACGAGAGCUUUAAAAUACGCUUAAAUACUAGUGGAGGCAUAACUACGGUCAAGCAGGAUCAUGGGGAUGCUCAUGGGAAACAUGAAUCCAAACAAGACAUUGCCAAUGAAUCCAACAGGCAUGAGUGGGAAGGAAAAAAGAAAAGAAAAUCCGAUCCAUCCUCGUUAUCCGGUAGUAAACGAAAACGUGGAGUAUCAUGUUCUUCCACGAUCAGCAACGAUACUUCGUCUACUAUAUUGGAUAGCAAAAGUUUAUCCCAUGAGAAUAACCGAAAAGCGGAGAAAAAGGGAAAGUCUCUUAUGAAAAGGGAAUCCUUUUUAUCGACAGAGGAGCAUUACUAUACGUCAGUCGGUGAUCCAAAUUAUACGUUGAACUUGAAGGAGUCGACUCCGCCGGAGGCGAGCAGUUCCCUAGAAGUUCCAAACUGGAGGGUAAAGAUCUACACUAGCUGCUACACCAUGGAGGGAACAGAGAAUUUGGACGACGAGAUUUUUAACAAGAGGCAUUUGAAACUGGAGAACGACGAGAGGCGGCGAAAAAGAUGGGACGUACAGAGGAUAAGAGAACAAAGGCAUAUUGAAAAGCUGAAGCAGAGGCAGGAACGGCAGAAUCAUCAAGCAACGUGUUACAACACGAAUCAUACCGGACCAUGUCCAUCGGCUGCUGAAGAGGAAGCCAUUACGUCCCUCUGGCCGGAUGUGGAUCAAAUUCAAGGUCUUCAAGUGGAAACAUUAUUACCAGUCACUGCAUUUGGUGCCCCUAUUCCCAGUUUUACCCCCAGCGAAUUCACAUUACCUUGGUUGCAUACAACGAGGUCGAAGAAUCGUCGUCCAAAAAGAUCGACAGGUAGAAGAAAAAGUUCUAGGAGAUAAACUUUUAUUAAGUAAUGAAUGUUUUUCUUUUUUUCUAAUUUUUUUUUUAAACACACAUCCAAUAUUCAAAACCCCAGCAAAGUAGAGCUGCCCUCUCGUGGUUAGCCCUCCCUCCUUUUAAUCCCGCGUGCAUUAUUCCUGCUCUGUAAAAUGAGGCACCAAAGAUGUUUUUAUUCUUCUCUUCUUUUCCAAUUCCCUCUUUUUCUAAAAAGAGACAAUUUGCGUACUAUACAAAGGACUAAUGAUAGACCCGUAAUCUGACAUUUUCUACCAUUUUUUUCUUUUUGACGAGAGACUUAUUCUCUGUUGACAUCCAAUGAAUAUAUUGUUUUUAGAUUUCGUUACAAUUGGUAUUUACUGUUUUAUUUGCAACGCCAUAAAUAUAUAUUAUAUAUACAUACACGUAAAACGAUUAUAUAAACA